AUGGCCCCCAAUUUCUUGUCAAGGUUCGCUAAAGGACCACCACCAGCGUCGUCUGCAGCAGAAACCCAGACUACCCGCGAACGAUCACAUUCCAAUACACAGCGCUCCAGUUUCUCCCUAUCACGCAGUCGUGCGCCCUCCGUGACGAGUCCCUCUCGUACCGAUGUUCGUUCACCGCCCGAGUCGAGUAGUCUUGGUGUUGGGGCCAAGGGGGGAUCACAGCAGCAGCAGCAGCCUCAAAUCCCAGUAGUGCCAAGCAUCAUGACAACGGACAUCAACCGCAGCAAUGACACGCUCGAACCAAACGUUACCGUCGUCCCACCCUCUCCGCUUGUUUAUACCGCUUCCAUCGCUUCAGAGUCUGAUUACGACGAUCGCUACCACCCUACUGAACCUACAGCGGCAGCGCCGAAUCAGAUAACCACAACUACAAACGGUGCCAGUGCUCAGUCCAAAUCCAAAUCAGGCACCGGUGACUAUUCGGCUCCCAGCCCUCGUACUCGUACGACUUCUACAUCUGCACCAUUAGUGGCUGCUGCGAGUUUGACUUCUGCCUCGCCUUCUCCCAUUUCCGUCGAGGACGUCGACGUCACUCCUACUACUGCUAAACCUAGCAUACAGCGUGCCGUCACCCCAUCCUCGUCAUCCACCAACCUUCGCGAGGCAGCAGCUAAACCAGAGUCCAUGCCUAGUAGCAAAUCCCUCUCUCCUUCUUCUGGACAAAUACGCAAGCAGUCCUCGAACAGGUCGCUCAAUGCGCCGGCGCCCAUAACCACUCGAGCAGCCACUGCCCCACCAGAUGCGUUUUCAGCUGUGGUGGUAGAUGCCAACGGCGCAGUCACCAUGACGCCCAUCGUCGAGUCUCCCACUGGGCUCAAAGCGCCCGAGUUCCCCAGCAUGAUAACCAACGGGACCAACAACAACACAUCCACACUGACAGUCAACCGCGACAACUCCGACUCUGCAUCCAUCAUCUCCAGCAAAGGCGGCGAGAAAAAACGCCCUUGGAAACGAAGUACGACGAAGAAGCCUACGGGUCUGGCGAGCGCUAUCGCUGCGACUGGAUUGGCGAUGGCGAAUCCGUCGAUGACUUAUGUACAGAUGAGCCCGCCGCCUCCUAUCAUGUCUCCUUUACCCACUUCGAGGAAGUCGUCGAACCCUGGUUCGCCCCCUUACAUGUCCCGCUCGCCUGCGUCGUCGAGUAAGCAUGUGAAAUCGCGUUCGGCGGAUAUGUCUUUGUCGCCUGGGGGGAAGAGGGGUGCUGGUGGUGGGAAGGGGAAGAGUAAGACUGUGAACAGUGGGGCAAUACGAACGAGCGUAUCGGCGAACAGCGAUGCUGCGUCGGAGUAUGUGGGUGGUGAGGAUAGACCUGAAUAUUAUUCGGGGUUGGAGAGUAGCAGUGAUGAUGGAUCUGGGUCGGAUGAUUUGGAUGAUUUGGACCUUGGGGAGGAUGAUAUACCUGUUACGGGAUUUGCGGUUGCGAGUAAUAAGCGGAAUGCGGAUUUUCAUGAUCUUUUUUCGGGGAUUCCGGAGGGGGAUUAUCUUAUUGAGGAUUAUGGAUGUGCUCUACAACGAGAGAUCCUCAUUCAAGGACGGAUAUAUAUUUCAGAAAAUCAUAUAUGCUUUCACGCCAACAUAUUCGGCUGGAUCACAAACCUCUCAAUCCCAAUAUACGAAAUCGUCUCCCUAGAAAAGAAAAUGACAGCCUUUGUCAUCCCCAACGCCAUCCAAAUCACCACCCGGCAAUCCAAAUACACAUUCGCCUCCUUCCUCUCCCGCGACACCACCUUUGACGUCAUCUACAACAUCUGGCGACUCGCUCGACCAGACGAUAACGGCAGCAUACGCUCAAGCGGACGGGGGUCCCUUGAUGGGCCUGUCUCCAGCAGCAGUACCUCUGGCCUUCCGUUAAAUGCAGUGGCUGUUGUGGCUGCUAAAUCGGGGGCGGGCCCAGCUGCUGUUGUUGAACAUAAAGUGACGACGUGUGCGUGUAGUAAAGACGGGAACCAUUAUUCGGAGACGAUGAUGGAGAGUAUCUUUCCCGGGACGCCGGAUAGGAUACAUAAUUUGAUGUUUGCGAGUGGGUUCAUCAAGGAUUUUUUGGCUGUUGAUCAGAAGUUGCUUGAUCUACAAAUGUCGGAUUGGACACCGGUAUCUGAAGGUUCGAAGCUGCUCACGAAGAACAUGUCGUACAUCAAGCCUUUGAAUGGGAGUCUUGGGCCCAAGCAGACCAAGUGCGAAAUCAAAGACGAGAUGCUGCAUGUUGAUUUUGAGCAAUAUGUGACUACGCUCACUACGACCCGGACCCCAGAUGUUCCUAGUGGUGGUGUGUUUUCGGUGAAGACGCGUACGUGCAUCACUUGGGCGAGUGCGGUGUCGACGAAGGUGCUGGUUACGACGGCGGUGGAGUGGACGGGUAGGAGUUUUAUCAAGGGUAUCAUCGAACGCUCAGCUAUAGACGGUCAAAGAAUCUACCAUGCCGACCUUGAAAAAGCCAUGCGCGCGUACAUCCAAGAACACCAAUCCGAAUUUAUCCCUGAAGGCGUCGACCCAGACAUCGCGCUCGUGAACGUCGCCGUACCCGCCAUCACCGAAGAUAUCCACGCAGCCGCCGCAGCAGCACUCGAACCGCUCUCCGAAAAACAGCGAGAACACGAGCGGAAUCAACGCGGCUUGCAAUGGGCUUGGGACACCUUUGACGGUGCUUACCAAGUCGCGAAACGCAGCACCAAGGGCGCGUUGGAGCUUGUGAGCGAUGCGUGGGAGCAGAGCACGAGCACGACGAUAUUGUAUUUCGUUAUUGUCGUGCUGGUGUUUAGCAACUUGUAUACCCUGCUGAGGAUGGGGAGUCGGGAGGAGGCGGGGAGGAGGAAGGAGAUGAGGAAGGUGGAGGAGAGGGAGAAGUGGGUGCAGAGUAUUGUUACCGCUUUAUGGGAUGAGCUGGCGGCGGGGAAGAAGGAGGCGAUUGGGAUGUUACGUGGUGGUGCGGGUGAUGCGGGUGGUGUGGUUGAUGGAACCCCUUCAGCGGACACGGUCGCUCCUGGGAGUUGGAUGGAGGAGGUGGCGCAUUUGCAUGAUACUUUGAACACGGUCGAGCAGAGGGUCAAGGCGAUUAGGGAGGCUUUGGUUGGGUUUAAGGGGUUGAAUGCUAUUGAUUAA